GCCGGAACCGGCGUGGCUCGUUGGGCCUAGGUCCCGCUGGGGACGCCGCCUUUGGCCGCCUGUGGGUCCGGGAACCGCGGGGGAGGCAUGCGCCGACCGAAAUGGCUGUGGAGACUCCUGGCCUGGAACUCGCUAGACCAAGCUGGCCUUGAUCUCACAGAUUGCCCAGCCUCUGCCUCCCGAGUGCGUGCUCCACCCGCCUGCCUUUUAGUCCAGGAGUAAAGAUCCCAAUCCGCAGGAUAUCAUUAACCUACCGCCGUCCCUGGCUCACCGCCUCUGAGGCUGAGCGGCGAGAUGUCCGGCGCCUCGCCGGAACGGAAAGUUUCUUCCCUUGACGCCUAGAAGGGGUGCCGGGUUUUCAGUGAACACCGCUCCCCCCAGACUCACUUCCGGGCAGCAGUUUCCAGGACCCACGGGUCCACCUGGGUGCUGGAAUAGGUACUGGAGACCCGCCAGCACUUCUGGGUUUGUCUGUCCGCCUGUUUCUGAGUCUACGUGACUAUCUCUGUCCGAAUCUACACAUGUUAGCGCCGUGUCUCUGCUGCCCGUGGCCCAGGGGUUGGUGUCCUUUGAGGAUGUAGCCAUGGAGUUCACCUGGUGGGAGUGGCAAGACCUGGAUGCUGCUCAGAGGACCCUCUACAGGGACGUGAUGCUGGAGAACUACAACAACCUGGUGUUCUUGGGGCACUGCAUGACCAAACCUAAGUUGAUCUUCAAGUUGGAGCAUGGGCUUGAGCCAUGGAGCCUAGCAGACACCUCAGUCCAGAGCUUUCCAGUAAGUGCCCUGAUUGACAUCAGCAAAGAAAAUUCCAAGACACGUUUGAGGCAACUUCGAAUAACUAACAAAAAUACACCAAAUGAAGAGGUGAUUGAAGCAAGACUGCAGACACCACAGAAAACCUACAAACAGAAAGACUCCUUUCUUGGUAAAGCACGUGUGAAAACAUUUUCCCAGAAGUCACAGAAGAGCGAGACUCAGACAUCUCACACAGAUGACCUCUAUGAAUGUAAUGAAUGUGGGAAAGCUUUCUAUAAUAAGGCAGCCCUCAUUAAACAUUACAGAAGAACUCACAAUGUAGAGAAGCCCCAUAAAUGUAACCAGUGUAGUAAAAGGUACUACUGGAAGUCCGACCUCAUUGCACAUCAGAAAACUCACAUAGGAGAGAGAGCCUAUGAAUGUAAGGAAUGUGGGAAAGCUUUCUUCCACAAGUCACAUCUCAAUGCACAUGAAAGAACUCACUCAGGUGAGAAGACUUUCGAAUGCAUGGAAUGCAGGAAAGCUUUCUUCUAUAAGUCAGACCUUAAUCGACAUAAAAAAACUCAUACAGGUGAAAAGCCUUACAAAUGCCAAGAAUGUGGGAAAGUUUUCUCUCGAAAGUCAAAGCUCUCUAUACAUGAGAGAACUCAUACAGGUGAGAAGCCUUAUGAAUGUAACAAGUGCAUAAAAGCUUUCUCCCACAAGUCACAACUCACUGCACAUCAGAUAACUCAUUCAUCUGAGAAUCCUUAUGAAUGUGGAGUAUGCAAUAAAUCUUUCCACUGGAAGUGUCAACUUACUGCUCAUCAGAAAAGCCAUGGAGGUAUGAAAAUGUGAGGAAUGGGAAAACCUUCUCCCACAAGUCAGACUUCAAUGUACAUCAGAGAAAUCAUACAGAUGAUGAGCCCUGAAUGCAAGAAGAUUUCUGUUGCAAGUCACACAUCUGAGAAUUUAUAAGUGAGAAGGCUUAUGAAUGUAAAGAAUACAGGACAUCUUUCCAGUGUAAGACCUCAAGACCUCAUGUUACAUGAGAGAACUCACUCAGGUGAGAAGCUUUAUAAAUGUAAAGGUUGCUAUUCAAGGCUACUCUGAACAACAGAGCAAGACAGCAUAUGAAAAAACCAAAACUUUAUAUUGGCAGUGCUCCUUAUAUGACAUCCAAACCCACAUCAGUGUGAAACCAUGUGGGAAGUAAAGGAUGUCAAAAACUUUUAAUAAACAUUGAAAUUUAACUGGCAUGAGAAGCCUCAAAGGUGGAGAUGGAGAGAUAGCUCAGUGAUUAAGAGCUCUUGCUCCACAAUUCUGAAGACUUAGAGUUUGGUCCCAGCACUUAUUUAACAAGCCAACAUCCCUGUAAACACCUGUCAUCGCAGUAUUGUAGGUGAUGGAGACAGGAGGGUCACUUGGACGUGCUUGUCUCUUGACUCUGGAGACAUAAGCCACAGAUUCAGGAAGAGGCCAUUUGUGGGACCCUGACUCAUCUAACCACUUCUUUCUACUUCUGUAAUCUGCUUGGCUUAAGACAGCACUAACUCCAUUUUGACUAGCUGUUUCAGAGAAGCCUGGGCUUGUCAGACAUGUUGUAAUCUUCAGUUACCACCCCCAUCCCGGAAAGCUAUAGAACAAGCAAGCCCAGGCAUAUAGCAGCCUUGUAAGGUAAAAACAAACUUCUGCCCCACAGAUAACAGUGUAUUCCAGUGCCCUAAAGACAGCCUCUACCAAUAUGAAAGGAUGCUUGGUGCGCACAGGCUUCUGUGAAACUUCCCUUUAAAAGCCUACCCCACCCUAUAUUGGGGCUCUCAGUAAAGUUCCACUGCGUGGGUCAAAUCUGAGGGCUCGAGCUUAAGCUCGAAUAAAGGCUCUUUGCUUUUGCAUACUC